GCCGGGUCCCACUAAUUUUCUCACAUGCGGCGUUUGAAAGUGAAAGGAAUUCUCCAAAUUCAAACCCUUCACUCACUUGCUUCUUUCAUUUCACUCUCUCAUAUCUCUCCUUCUCAGGUUUUCUGUAGUUACGAUGUCUUUGAGGCCGGGCGCUAGGUCGGAGGUCCGACGGAACCGCUACAAGGUGGCGGUCGACGCCGAUGAAGGGCGGCGACGGAGAGAGGACAAUAUGGUGGAGAUUCGAAAGAGUAAGCGCGAGGAAAGUUUGCUUAAAAAGCGAAGAGAAGGACUCCAGCAGCAGCAAUUUUCUGCGUCACUCCAGUCCUCCGCGCUCGAGAAGAAGUUGGAGAGUCUUCCUUCUAUAGUUAAUGGAGUCUGGUCGAGUGAUAGUAACUUGCAGCUCGAAGCAACUACUCAAUUUCGUAAAUUACUUUCAAUUGAGAGAAGCCCUCCUAUUGAAGAAGUAAUACAAUCAGGUGUUGUUUCGCGAUUUGUCGAGUUCCUUAUGAGGGAGGAUUUCCCCCAGCUCCAGUUUGAGGCUGCUUGGGCACUGACUAACAUUGCCUCUGGCACGUCGGAGCAUACUAGGGUGGUUAUUGAUCAUGGAGCAGUUCCAUUAUUUGUAAAGCUUCUGGGUUCACCCAGUGAUGAUGUCCGUGAGCAGGCUGUGUGGGCAUUGGGAAAUGUUGCCGGUGAUUCUCCUAAAUGUCGUGAUCUUGUCCUUGCCCAUGGGGCCUUGGUUCCUUUGCUUGCUCAGUUGAAUGAAAAUGCAAAGCUUUCAAUGCUGAGAAAUGCCACCUGGACGCUGUCAAACUUCUGCAGAGGCAAGCCACAGCCUCACUUUGAGCAGGUAAGACCAGCACUCCCAGCCCUUCAACGUCUUAUUUAUUCCAACGAUGAAGAGGUGCUCACAGAUGCAUGCUGGGCUCUCUCAUACCUCUCUGAUGGUACAAAUGACAAAAUUCAAGCUGUGAUUGAGGCAGGUGUCUGUCAACGACUUGUUGAGCUUCUCCUUCAUCCCUCUCCUUCUGUUCUUAUUCCUGCACUUCGUACAGUUGGAAAUAUUGUGACUGGUGAUGACGUUCAAACCCAGUAUAUCAUCGAUCAUGGUGCACUUCCUUGCCUGUUGAGCCUAUUGACUCACCAUCAUAAAAAGAGCAUCAAGAAAGAAGCCUGCUGGACAAUUUCCAACAUCACUGCUGGAAACAGAGAACAAAUAGAGGCUGUAGUUGACUCUGGCUUGAUAGGGCCCUUGGUCAAUCUGCUUCUGACUGCUGAAUUUGAUAUCAAGAAAGAGGCUGCAUGGGCUAUUUCAAAUGCAACAUCCGGAGGAACCAAUGAGCAAAUCAUGUACUUGGUAAAUCAGAAUUGUAUAAAGCCUUUGUGCGAUCUUCUAGUCUGCCCUGAUCCGAGGACUGUUACUGUAUGCUUAGAGGGGCUAGAAAACAUACUGAAAGUUGGGGAAGCAGAGAAGGGUAAUACUGGAGACGUCAAUUAUUUUGCCCAAUUAAUAGAUGAAGCUGGGGGAUUAGAAAAGAUUGAGAACCUGCAGAGUCAUGACAACAAUGAAAUUUAUGAGAAGGCAGUGAAAAUACUGGAGACUUAUUGGCUGGAGGAGGACGACGAAACAUUACCUGAGGGUGAUGGGACUCAGCCUGGAUUUAACUUCGGAAGCAAUGGCAUUCAACUUCCACCUGGUGGAUUCAGUUUUAGCUGAAGGGUCUGUCAGUCCAGUGGAUGAAGCAGUUUCUCUGGUCGGUGGAGAUACCAAUGAUUUGGUGGAGGUCGGGAUGGUUGGGUCAGUCAGGUCGGGUCGGGUCAGUCAGGUUGGGUCACAGCACGCCAAUGAGUUUGAUGAGUUGGGUCCAAAGUCAAGGAGAUGCUUAGUCGGGUCAUUCUACGCUGUGGUGGUCAAUAAGCAGAGUAAGGAGUUCAGCAUUGGCGAAGAUGGCUGGUUGGUCAGGUCUUGUUUUUGUCCUCUCCCCAGUAAGGUUGAAUUCAGGGGAAUCCUACAGGAAUGAUUUUGCAACUAAGAUGCAAUGCAGUGUCUUCUAUUUGUCAUGUGUGCUUUAAAUUGUAUUCCUAGUCCUCUUCAGGGGUGACGGUCGAUAUUACUUAAUUUUUCCAAGCUUCAUAUGCUCUGUCUAUACCUUAUUCGCCUAAUCUAUUGUCUGAAAUAGAAGACGUUCAGUUAUUUGAGACCCAUA